AUGGCGGCCAUGCAACACGCAACGGCAAACCUCAAUCUACACGCCCCGAGCAGCACCAACCUCGCUCCCAUCCUCACGCUCCCGGUCGAGAUCCUGAUACAAAUCAGCUGCAGCCUUUGCAUUCACUGCCGCCAUCCUCGCGUCGGCGAAAUCUCCGACGACGAGGCGACCGCCGCGGUCCGCGACCAAACCGUACUCGCCAACCUCAGCGCAUCCUCCAGACGCCUACGCGCCGUCGCCCAACCAGUGCUCUUCCACUUCUUCCACCCACUUGAGCGUAACUACAGCGAGGUCCUCCUUCGGCUCUCCCGCUUCGCCUGCACGCUCUACCACCGCGGUGACCUGGCCACAUCGGUCCGGAGCCUGGUCUUCUGGACGCCCGAGUAUUAUGACCGGAAACACGACAUUCGCGAAGCACAAUUGACGCUUAGGAAGGUCUUCGCUGAUAAACCCACCCACAAGCGCGCCGCAGCGGAGCUGGGGCCUUGGUGGGUCAGUCGUUCAUAUAUCUCACUUGACGAGCUGCAGGAGCUCACAAUUGCACUUGCGUCGGGGGUCACCUACGUGUUGCUGCAGCGCAGAUUCCAUGGUUUUGGAAAGACAUGGGCAGACUGGCCGUGUCUGAUGGAGGGCCUCCGGGACGUGGUGCUGGUCGGGUUCCGGAAAUGGUGGCUGCUAGACCCGUGUGGUCACUCAUUCCACAUCAAGCAGGCCCGGGAGUUCCUGCGACACGCGAGGAACCUAGACAGCCUUGUGGCGGCAGAUUGCGGCGCGGACGGGUGUGAGCCAGAUUACCGCUUUGCCCAAGACCCAAGGCCGUGGAAGGCGGCGCCAUGGGACGUCGAGUUACCGCGCCUGAGGAAACUUUCGAUCAGCGGCAACGAUAUCGGGGCUGACGACGUCGAGGCAAUCAUCCGGCAUAGUACGGUGUUUGAGGAUCUGGAAUUUUGCCAGUCGAAAUGGGGACGGUAUAUACUUGACUUGGACAAGCACCUGGGGACCGCCAAGGAGACGCUGAAACGGCUAUGUUAUUCGGCUUUUCCGAUGAAAAGCGGGUUGACGAUACAUAAGCUCGACGGCCCAGCGAUAUAUUUUGCUGGCGAAGUGGAGGCACGUAAAGGAGACAGCUACUUUGACCCGACCGAAAAUCCGCUCGAAGACUUUGAGGCCGGCUUGUCCCUCAAGGAUUUCCGUGCUCUUGAAACGCUGGAGCUGGAACAGCUUAUACUAUACGGGCCCGUGUUUGAGAAGCCCGAGAAUCUGGAGCAUGACCGCAGUCGCAGUUGUGAGGCGGUAACAACGGAUGACUUCCUGGACAAGUUCCCGCCAUCACUAGAUUCGGGAGGGUGCGUCGCUAUGAACACCAUCGGCUUCCGACGCGAUCUCAUCUACGAUUUAAUGAGCGGCCGCCCACAGCAUGGAUGCCAACGACCAGCAGCCGAUUACGCAGCGGUCCUCUUCGAAUCUUACUACGCCAAGGGUUGGAGAAGGCAGUGA